UAGAGUUUUCCAUUAAACAGUUGUUUACUAUGUAUUUCUUUUGAAGGACAACAUAUCUGUCGAAGAAAACGAAAUGGCAUUGCUAGGACGUUUUCUCUCACCAAGAAUAACAAAGAUAAUAGGUUCCCAAGCUAGACAACUGUCAUCGUCUUCCAGUCGUCAAAAUGUGGAUCGACCACAGUUUCCAGGAUCCCGAUCAGAGUAUUCUACCAAGUUAGAAUUUAUUAAACCAGAUGACUUCAAAGGAAUACCUGUCUACCGAGUAAUGAAUGCUAAAGGAGAAAUAAUACCAGGAGGUUUAGAUCCUAAGUUAGACAAAGAAACAGUCCAGAAGAUGUAUCACAGUAUGACUCUGCUGAACACCAUGGAUCGUAUUCUGUACGAAUCACAACGUCAAGGAAGAAUAUCAUUUUACAUGACAAACUAUGGAGAGGAGGGUACACAUAUAGGAUCAGCAGCUGCUUGUGAUCCCCAGGAUGUAGUGUUUGGACAGUACAGGGAAGCAGGAGUGAUGAUGUGGCGAGGUUUUACACUAGACCAGUUUAUGAAUCAGUGUUACGGUAACUGUGAAGACAUUGGUAAAGGUAGACAGAUGCCAGUUCAUUACGGUUCUAAAGAUUUAAAUUUUGUUACAAUAUCAUCAACACUAGCAACGCAAAUGCCUCAAGCUGCUGGCUCUGCCUAUGCCUUAAAGAGGGCAGGUAAGAAGUUAUGUGUGAUAUGUUACUUUGGAGAAGGUGCAGCAUCAGAAGGUGAUGCACAUGCUGCAUUUAAUUUUGCUGCUACACUAGAGUGUCCUAUUAUAUUUUUUUGUAGAAACAAUGGUUAUGCCAUAUCAACACCUACAAGUGACCAGUAUAGAGGAGAUGGUAUAGCAUCUCGUGGAGCAGGAUAUGGUAUGGAUACAAUAAGAGUAGAUGGUAAUGAUGUAUUUGGAGUAUAUAAUGCAACCAAGGCAGCAAGAGAAAUGUGUGUCAAAGAAAUGAGACCUGUACUAAUUGAGGCUAUGACUUACAGAAUUGGACAUCACAGUACAUCAGAUGACAGCUCUACCUACAGGAAAAAGGGGGAGAUAAUGUCAUGGGACGACCAAUCUCCCAUUCAUAGGUUAAGAAACUAUAUGGAAAACCAAGGCUGGUGGAGUGAUGAACAAGAAUCUGCAUGGAAAGAAAAGUCAAAGAAAAAAGUGAUGGAAGCCUUUGCUCGAGCAGAGAAAAGAAAGAAGCCCAAUCCAGAGAUGUUAUUUACUGAUGUGUAUGAUGAAAUGCCACCUAGAAUACAAAAACAAAUGGAAUUCAUGAAAUCACAUUGUACACAAUUUAAAGAACAUUAUCCUUUUGAUGAUCAUGUACCAAUGACUUGAUGUUCAGUUUCUAAAUCUUUUAAGAAUCUCAUUUUAAGCGGUUUAGAAAAAUGGCAGGUUUCCAUAAUUGUGUACUAUUGUCUGCAAAGAUAUUUUGUUUUUUGGAUUAUUCUCUUAUCUACAUAAUAAAAUAUAUUGAAAUAGUGAAGAAUAUACCCCAUGGUUUAACUGAUGUUUGCAACAGUGUUUAUAAAAUAACAGUUUUAAGUUUGCAUUUUCAGUUUUAACUUAUGGAAGCUCAUUUGAUAUGAUGAGGAUAAAAAUGACAAUCAGAAUUUCAAAUAUUUUUUUGUAAAGUUAUAUUUUGUGAGUAAGCAUUUUAAAAGUUUGAAUUGGUUGAUACGGGUUACAUAGUAAUAAACCUUUAUUUAUUCAUAAUCUCCUUUUUAAUUAGUCAAUUCUACCAAUAGUUUAAGCAAGAGUAUAGAUUGUACUUGUCAGGUUUUAUGUGAUCUCAAAAUACUUCUCUUUUUCUAUUGCGUUUAUGAGGUAAAAUAGUCAUUUUAUAAUACUCCAAAUGAAUCAUUUUGACCAAACAAAAAUGGAAAUAUACCAAGACUUUUGAGAUAUGUUCUUAUUGAGUGAUAUUGAAUAUUUUAUUUUAUUGUUGAGGAAUGUGUGCCAUUGUGAAGAUUUAUAUAGAGUUCUAUUAUUGAUAAUAAACGACAAUAAAUAUGUAUAUAUAUA